CAUAAUGAUAAACAUUUUACAGUAAUAACUCCAACAAACCCUAAAACAUUAGUAAAUGAGGUUUUGGAGCUAAACUGCACCUUGUUUGAGGAUUCUGGUCUGAAUGCCUCUAUCCUAGUGUGGGAUAUACUUGAUGGUACAAAGGCACCAAAGGACACCAUGCUUGUUGUUGAAGAAAGAACUUUACUGUUUCGGAAAAACAUCAGCAGAGUUGAGGAAGAAGGGACGUAUCUGUGCAGGAGGCUUGAUGUGGAGGACUAUUUAAAGAGUGUUGUGAAAUCGGUGUCUCUUGUUAUUGAAUAUGAACCAGUGCGGGAUAUUACCAACUUUGAUUGUAUAUUACACGAACAGAGAAAUGAGUUUUACUGCAGCUGGAAUCUUGGGCUAUAUAAUCACCCAGCCUACCUCGAUAUAACGGUAGUUAUGUCUCCAGACAACGGAUCGACACUUUUACGUUGUCCACAGAAAGUUAAACAGCAGCAAAACUGUACUUGGACAGCCAAAGAUGAUCAUGCUAUCUUGUCCACGUCCAAGAUUGUUAUCCUUACUAUCAAAAACGUGGAAUUUGAUGUAGAAAAAACCUUCAUUAAAGAUUUUUCAGCACAGUCAAUGAAUUUAACGGCCAGAAUAACCUCCAAGAAAUAAUUUUACUUACUGCAGACACAUCAUUGAAGAGAAAUAUGCAUCUGGCACUGAACCUGACUGUGACGUCUACUGUCCGUCCUCGUAAUCCUCUGCCUCCCGUCUCUCUUGUUUCUAUGAAGGACUAUAAGUGAUAUUAUAAAGAGACAUUCAUUCUAAUUCUA